GGCAUCGGAGGAGGAGGUGUUCCUGGUAGCCAUCUUGGAUGUGCGGAGUGAUUGUUUAGCGAGAAGAAUUGACAUUUUUUAAAUAGAAAAUAAGCAUUUAUACUGAAUCGCUGAAGAAUUAACGGAGCGGAGGCGACCGAGGAAAGCGAUCGUAGCUCGGAAAGAUCCAGUGAAAGAAGGCAUGAAGACAUCAUCCUAGUCGUCAGUCAUGGCCGAUAAAAGGAAACUUCAAGGAGAAAUAGAUCGAUGUCUGAAAAAAGUAGCGGAGGGAGUAGAACAGUUUGAAGACAUUUGGCAAAAGCUUCAUAACGCAGCCAACGCCAACCAGAAGGAGAAAUAUGAAGCAGACCUCAAGAAAGAGAUUAAAAAGCUCCAGCGUCUUCGAGACCAGAUCAAGACGUGGGUGGCAUCCAACGAGAUCAAAGACAAACGGCAGCUAGUAGAGAACCGCAAACUCAUAGAGACGCAAAUGGAGCGGUUCAAGAUCGUGGAAAGAGAAACGAAGACGAAGGCGUACUCUAAAGAAGGGCUGGGUCUGGCCCAGAAGGUGGAUCCGGCCCAGAAGGAGAAGGAGGAGGUCGGCACGUGGCUCACGAACACGAUCGACACGUUGAACAUGCAGGUCGACCAGUUUGAGAGUGAAGUGGAGUCUCUGUCGGUUCAGACCAGGAAAAAGAAAGGAGACAAGGAGAAGCAGGACCGGAUUGAGGAGCUGAAGAAGUUCAUCGAGAAGCAUCGGUACCACAUCCGGAUGCUGGAGACCAUCCUCCGGAUGCUGGACAACGACUCGGUGCAGGUGGACUCGGUCAGGAAGAUCAAGGACGACGUGGAGUAUUACCUGGACUCGUCUCAGGAUCCGGACUUUGAGGAGAACGAGUUCCUCUACGACGACCUGGACCUGGAAGACAUUCCUCAGUCGCUCGUGGCCCCGUCUCCACCGGGACACUCGCACCUGGAGGACGAGAUCUUCCAGCCGUCCAGCAGCACCCCCACCUCCACCACCUCGUCCUCACCCAUUCCCCCGUCACCCGCCACUUGCACUACAGAGAACUCAGAGGACGACAAGAAGAGGGGACGUUCAACAGAUAGUGAAGUUAGCCAGUCACCUGUUAAGAAUGGAAACCCCUCCUCCUCGUUAUCCUCCUCUUCCUCCUCCUCCUCGUCCUCCUCCUCCUCAUCGUCCUCCUCCUCUUCUUCCUCCGUCUCGGGACUGACCUCAUCCUCACUGGUCUCUAUGGCGACCAUCUCUGUGGGGGGAGGAGGAAGCGGCGGCGGCGGCGGUGGGAGCGGGGCCGGCGGCGGCUCCGGGGGCAACGGGCAUCACGGCAACUCUGGGAACCUCCUCCUCUCCAACACUUCCGCCGGCAGCUACAGCAACGCCACCCAGCAGCAGCUCCACCCCCAGCAGCAGCAGCAGCAGCAGCAGGCCAAAAACUCAGCGAGCUCCUCCUCUUCCUCCUCCUCCUCCUCCUCCUCCUCCGCCUCCUCCGCCCCCAUCUCCAUCCCCAGCUCCUCCACCAACAGCCACCCCUUCUCCUCGUCCUCGGCCUCCUCGCCGCCCAACGUCAGCGCGCAGGGGCUGUUCACGUCCAGCUCCCAGCCGCCGCCGCCGACGCCGCCGCCGCCGUCGGGUCCCGCGUCCUCCUCCAACAGCCUGGGCCUCAGCCUGGGUCUGUCCCUGGGGGGGAAAGGGGGCGUGUCCGGCUCCAUCGCCACCAGCCCCAUAUCCGGGAGCCUGGGCCUGUCGGGGAUGCCGGCGUCCCUGGGCGCCAUGGCGAGCCUCCUGUCGGGCUCCACCCCAGCGCCGUACGCGCAGGCGGCCGCCUCCGGCGCCGUGGGCUCGGGGUUGCCGGGCUCCCUGGGGGGCGUCAGCACCUCCUCCUCCUCCACCAGCAGCAGCAGCUUCGUGGGCUCCAUCGGCGGCGGGAGCAUCGCGGUCGGCGGCCCGACGUCCUCCACGGGGGGGCUGCUCGGGACGGCGCCGGGCGGCGGCGGCGGCGUGGGCAGCAUCGGCUCCGGGAUCCUCGGCCUGGGCUCCGGUCAGUCCGGGCUGCAGGGAUCCUCUCUGGUCUCGUCGAGCCCCGUGGGGAGUUUAGCGCCGGGCGGCGGCGGCGGCGGCGUGGGAGUCAUCGGGAGCAACGGAGGCAGCUCAGGAUCAGCGGGGAGCGGAGUGGUGGGCGGGAACUCGGCGCUGUCGGUCCGACCGCCGAGCAGACAGAAGCAGAACGGUAGCACUAGUUACAGCGCUGUAGUAGCAGACAGCACGACAGACUCCGCCCUCAACAGUGCCAGCCAAUCACAAAGCAGCCAACCCUCGUCUUUGACCUCCACAGCCAAUCAGCCUAAAGACACUGGUUCCAGUUUACUCGGCUCUCUGAGUUUGUCGUCCAGUUCCCCGUCUCCGGCCUCCUACAGCGAGGCCAAGGCGGUGAGCGGCGGCGGCGGCGGCGGCGGCCUCCUCAACGGACCGAUGUCCUACUCUCAGUCCUCCGACAGCAUCAAGCCCCAAGAGCCUCUGAGCAGCCUCAAGUCCAUGGCCGAGAGAGCGGCCCUCAGCUCAGGGAUAGAGGGGGACAUGUCCUCCCUGCACCUCAGCCAAGACAUCUUCCCCACCAGCACUACUACUCCAUCGGGCCCCCCCUCUGCACCCCAGCCUUCGUUGUCAGAGGUCAGCAUCCCCCCGUCGUUGGGGGUGUGUCCGCUGGGACCGGUCCCUCUGUCCAAAGACCAGCUCUACCAACAGGCCAUGGAGGAGGCGGCGUGGACGCACAUGCCGCACCCGUCCGACUCCGAGAGGAUCAGGCAGUACCUGAUGAGGAACCCCUGCCCCACCCUGCCUUUCCACCACCAGGUGCCACCGCCUCACUCCGACACCGUGGAGUUCUACCAGAGGCUUUCCACAGAAACCCUCUUCUUCAUCUUCUACUACCUGGAGGGCACUAAGGCCCAGUAUCUGGCAGCCAAAGCCCUGAAGAAGCAGUCGUGGAGGUUCCACACAAAAUACAUGAUGUGGUUUCAGAGGCACGAAGAGCCCAAGACCAUCACUGAUGAGUUUGAGCAGGGAACAUAUAUUUACUUUGACUAUGAGAAAUGGGGCCAGCGGAAGAAGGAGGGAUUCACGUUCGAGUACCGGUACCUCGAAGACCGAGACCUCCAGUGACCUGAACAGCUGAGAACGAGGCAGAGAGACGGACGGACGGAUGGACGGACGGACGGAGAGCGAAUUAAACCAAUGAAGAAGAAGAAGAAGAAGAAGGGGGUGAUCCAACUGCUGACAUUCCUGGAUUUGUCCUCAAGUCACGUCAGAAAAUGGAGACAUGAAAACCGAAGGGACGGGGAAAACAACUCCUCUCUUCUCCCUCCAUCUUUAGGCUUUUUUUUAAUUAUUAUUAUUAUUAUUAUUAUAAUUAUUAUUAUUCCCAACCUGGACAAACCUGGACACACACACACACACACAAUGAGACGAUCAUGAGUUUUUUUUUUUAUUAUUAUUAUUAAUAUUUUUUGUGUGUUACGUUGGCUUUAAAGACUUCUAUAUCAGCCCGUUAAGGACCAAAGACGAUGGGUUAGCCGAACCAGAUGUGCAGGAAUCAGCUGGUUUCACUUUUUUAAAAAAAAAAAAAAAAAACAGGUGAGACGUCGUUAAAUAAUUAAAUGGAAUCAGGACGAAGGAGGAGAUCUGCUUCUUGUUCUUCGUCCUGAUUCAAUUUUAGCGUCCGACAUCAACCAGCAGCUACGUGGCUAAACGUUACAGGUCUUUCGCUUUCUCACGCACUUAACUUUAUUUUUACGAGGUCGUUUUUGGCGAAGCUUUGACAUGUUUCUGAUGUUUUGCAUCUAAAAAUAUCCUGUCCGCUCCCAUCUUCCCAAGGUGGAACAGGCGGCGCGGCUCCAAAAAGGAAACAAAUUCACACAAAAAUAAAUAAAUAAUAAAAACUAGAAGCUGCUCACAUCUGUUCAGGCAGAAUAUUUAAUGCAGGAAACACCUGGAGCUCACACUUAAUUCUAAUAAGUUUGGAAGGUGUUUUUACUCUCUUUCCAAUAAGGGACAUGCUAGCUGGAGCUAGUUAGCUUAGCUUAGCUUAGCAUUAAGAGUGGAAACAGCUAGACUGAAUUACCAGCAUCUCUUUAGCUUGUUUGAUUGUUGAGUUGUGUUUUUGUGUGUGUGUGUGUGUGUGUUGGAUUAUUCCUUCUUUUAUAUCAAUUUAAAAAAUGUGUGUUUCCCAUCUUGGUGCUAAGCUAAGCUAACCAGCUGCUAGCAUUACACUCAGAUUGUCUCCUAAAUUGCCCAAGGCAAAAGUCAACGACCUGAGCAGCUCCUAAGUCUCCCACUAGUGUGUUUAUUGUCAUAGGCUAGAAUAGCUAGAGCUGCUUAGCUUAGCUUAGCAUAAAGCGUGAAAGCAGCUAGACUUAUUUCUAGCACUGUGUGACAAAAGCUAUGCCAAAUUAAACCAAACAAGUUUUUUAAACUUUAUUUUGUAUUAAACAAAACAAAUGUUUUCCUGUUUAGUCUUGAUGCUAUGCUAAGCUAACCAGCUGCUAGCAUUGUCCCCCAGACAGUUUUCAAAAAUGUAACAGCUAGCCUGAUUACUGGCACACCUAUGACAAUAACUAACACAGUUUUUGUACUAAUUGAACAAAAAAAGUUUCUUUGCUUACCAUCUUGAUGCUAAGCUAACUAGCUGCUAGCAUUAGCAUCAGGUUGUUUCCUAAAUCUUAAACUAUGUGAGAGUGAGCAGCUCCAACUAUAACCGACGAGACUGAGCAAGAGACGAUUGGAUCGAUAACUCUUCAUAUGUAGACGGAGCUACUUAGCUUAGCAUAAAGAGUGGAACCAGCUAGCCUGAUUACCAGCACAUCUGUGACAGUAACUAACGCCCCAUAAAACCACAUGAACAUUUUUCUUUUUUUUUUCUUUUUUUUUUACACUUUAGUUUUUGUACAAAUUGAACAAAACAAAAGUUUCUGGUCUUGGUGCUAAGCUAAGCUAAGCUAACCAGCUGCUAGCACUAGCCUCAAAUUGUUUCCAAAAUGUCGAACCGUGUGAGAGCGACGGACAGUUUGUUAGUUUCCCAUUAGCCUCCCAUCUCCUUUUCCUACCUCCUCCUUCUUCCCCUUCCUCCUUCUUUUCCUCCCUUCCUCCUUCCUUUCCUCCCUCUUCCUCCCUCCUCUUCUUCCUUCUCCACGUUUACACUGAAAUGCUUCGACCGACUUCAUUCACUCCCCCCCCUCCCCCUCAUGCCAGGUAGAUAUUUCCUUUAUUUCUCAGGAAGUAUUUGAUAGAUCAUUUUAAGAGGAAAUUUAUCCACCAGCAGCUUCUUCGUCUCAAUGAACCCAGUCAUUUUUCUCCUUCUUUUUUUAAAAAACCAGUGAAGAGAGGCCGUCUCUAGAUCUGUUGAAACCAUUAGAAAAGCCAGAGGAGAACCAGAGGACUCCCCCACUCCCCCUUGUCCUCGUCCUCGUCCCCGUCCUCUUCUUUAUUUGGAGUUCAGUAACUUCUCAGCAGGAGUGUUUUUUUUAUAACCAAACACAACUCGACACGCGAUCACCAGACUGACAGUCCUGCUUUUUAAUCUUUUUGUUUACUUUUUGGACGAGUGGAAAGAGAGACGAGAGGUCGACCCCCGUGUCCCCCUCCAGUGUCCCCCCCACCACCACCACCACACCCUCCGUCUCGGUCUCGUUGUACAGACUCUCGUCCUCCAAACCUCUCCUUCUUUUGUUGUCGUUGUUGUUAUUCUUCUCAUGUCUUUUUGUUUGUUGUUGUCGUCAGACAGCAUGAAAUAAUGACACUUGCAAAGUGACGCUGAAAAAGUAAAUAAUGACAUAACCGUGAAUAAAGGAUUGUAAAAUAUUAAUAAAAGAAUUACUUUUCAGAAA